UUUAAACCACUCAAGAAAUGUUAGUCCAUUUUGUCAUUUUCUCUUUCUAGGGUUCUUUUAAUAUAUAGUAGUAAGAUGAAUGUAUGUAUUAUACAUACAAAAAUAAAUAGAGCACUAAAGCUUGAUCGUAUUUUAUUUCAGACAACAUGAUAAUAUACUUAAUACCUUACCUUAAUACAUGAAGAGAAAGAAGAAAAGAGUGAAACUUUGUGGUCCAAUAACUUAGGCAGCUAAGAUCCUUCCCCACUUUUGUUUUAAGGGUCCUUUACUUCUCGUCCGAUGUCUACUUUCACUUCUUCUUCUCUUGUUCCAUCUUUCAUGUGUGUGUGAGAGAGAGAGUGUAUGUGUAAUAUUUUGCAGAUGAGUAUGAAAGGAAGCAAAGCAGAAGCGAAGAGGAGUUUAAGAGAAAUGAGUGAGGAAGAGGAGGAAGAAGAAGAAGAGGAUAAUUUUGAAGAAGAAGAGGCUUUGGAGAAGAAGCAGAAAGGUAAAGCUACAAGUAGCAGCAGCAGUAGUACUUGUCAGGUCGAGAGAUGUACUGCGGAUAUGAGCAGAGCCAAACAGUAUCACAGACGACACAAAGUCUGCGAAUUUCAUGCCAAAGCUCCUGUUGUUCGGAUCUAUAGUCUUCACCAACGUUUCUGCCAACAAUGUAGCAGGUUUCACGACCUCGGUGAGUUUGAUGAAUCCAAACGGAGUUGUAGGAGACGCUUAGCUGGACACAACGAGAGAAGGCGCAAAAGCGCAAGUGAAGGUGAAAGAUCUCAAAAUCAUGGCUCUCAAGAUUACUGAAGAAAUAAGCUUUGCUUGCUCUCUUCUGUCAGUCUCUUUGUUUAUCUCCUUGUACUCUUCUGAUCAAAGCUAUAUCCUAAACCUAUGACAUCAAUAAAUGCGUUUGAGACCAA